AUGGAAUCAAGUUUGACGUCAAGUUUUCUCAAAAUUGGUGAUACAAUUGCUUUAUAUGCUGAAGGCAGUGUUUGUGGUUUUAUAAGUACACUCGGACUUGUUGAUGAUCGUUGUGUUGUUCAACCGGAUUCUGGGGACCUACAAAAGCCGCCAAAAAAGUUUCGAGAUUGUCUUUUUCGUAUUUGUCCAAGUCAUCGAUACAGUGCGCAAGCUCAAUAUUGGAGUGCUUUAAAAAAUUAUAAUAACACUCGGGAUAUAAAAAAAUUGCAAACAGCGGCUGACACCGAAAAACGUCAAAAUGAAGCUGAAGGAAGGAAACAAACGGGUACCGUUAUCAAAUAUGGUGAUACUGUUGUGCAAUUAUUACAUAUUAAAAGUAAUAAAUACAUAACUGUUAAUAAACGUUUACCAGCAAUUUUGGAAAAAAAUGCAAUGCGUGUUUCAUUGGAUGUUAGUGGAACAGAAGGUUCCUGGUUUCAAAUUGAACCGUAUUACAAAUUACGAGCAAAAGGAGAACGAGUUGUGGUAGGUGAUAAAGUUGUACUUAUGCCAUACAGUGGUGGACAACCAUUGCAUGUUAGCGAAUUAGAACUACCGGAUAAUCCUGGCUCAAAAGAAGUUAAUUCUCAUCUUCAAACAAGUUGGAAAAUUGUUUUAUCCAUGUCAUGUCAUGAAGCAACAAAUGAAGUUUUAAAAAGUGGUGAUAUUGUACGUUUAUUUCAUGCUGAACAAGAGAAAUUUUUAACUUGUGAUAAUUAUCGAAAAAAAAGUGUCGUCUUUUUACGAGCUACAGGUCGUGCAUCGGCUACGUCAGCAACAUCUUCAAAUGCCCUAUGGGAAGUUGAAGUUGUCCAGCAAGAUCCAUGUCGUGGUGGUAUUGGCCAUUGGAGUUCAUUGUUUCGUUUUAAACAUUUAGCUACUGGACAAUAUCUUGCUGCUGAAAUCGAUAAUGAUCAAUCGUUUGAUGCUACACGGCAAAAAUUACGAGGUCCAUUAAGUACACCAGUAUUUGCACUUAUACCUAUUCCACAUGCAUACGAUAUAUCAUCACUGUUUGAACUUGAUCCAACAACAAUAACGCGGAAUGAAGAUGCUGUAGCAUGGGGUUCAUAUGUACGUUUACAACAUAUUUGUACGAAUACAUGGGUGCAUUCAACGAAUAUUAAAUUAGAUCCUGAUGAUGAUAAUGUACGUUUUAAAAUUGGUUGUGCUUUAAUGAAAGAAGAUAAAGAAGCAUUUCAAAUAGUGCAUGUAUCUCCCGAUGAAGUACGAGAUUUAGAUUUUGCUAACGAUGCAGCACAUUAUUUUGAUACAACUGUUUCGAAAUGGGAAAAAAUUGGAAUUAUGCAUGUACAUGCUAAUGAAAGAAAACAAGCAAUAUCAUUGUUAAGCGACAUUGUCUAUUUUCUUGCUUGUCAAGAAAAUAAUGGAAGUGACGCCUUUGACGUUCAAAUCUUAAAAGCAAAUCGUGAAAGGCAAAAAUUAAUUCGUGAACAAAAUAUUCUCAAACAAUUAUUUCGAAUGCUGCGCUUAUUAAAACCACGUUUAGAAUUCGAACGAUCAAAUAUGAAAUCAAUAAAGGGUUCAGAUUCUCAUGCUCCAAAUUCUCCAACAAUGCAAAAUAAUGAUCAAUAUAUUUUAUCUCAACAACAGCAACAAGAUUCUGAUAUUCGGCAUUCAACAUUUUCGUAUCAAGUGAAAACCAUAUGUCGACUUUGCUAUCGAAUACUCAAACAUUGUCAACAGGAAUAUCGAAAAAAUCAAGAAACUAUUGCCAAAGAAUUCUCAUUUAUGCAAUCUCAAAUUGGUUGUGAUAUAUUAGCUGAAGAUACUAUCACAGCGUUAUUACAUAACAAUAAAAAGCUGUUAGAAAAACAUAUCACUGAAAAAGAAAUCGAUACAUUUGUCAGAUUAUUAAGAGAAAAACGAGAUUGCAAAUUCUUGGAGUAUUUAUCAGAUUUAUGUGUAUCGAGUAGUCAAGCUAUUGCACGAACACAAGAAAUGAUAUGCAAAUCGGUAUUAGAAAAAAAUGCUGAUAUAUUAAUACGAACAAAACUUGAAGAAAGAGCCUGUAUUGAGGAUAUGAUUUUGGAUGAUAAUGUGAGUUCGCCCACUGGUGUUUCAAAUAAAAAUAUACUAAAAGAAGUUAUAUUAACAUGGGAUGGAAAGUCCGAAUCAAUUGAAUAUAUGGCUGGAGUUGCAAGAUUCCAAGUUUCACAUCCAAGACGAGAAGAAUUUAAAAAUAUUCUCGAAUAUUAUAGAUAUCAAUUGAAUUUAUUUUCCCAUAUGUGUUUCGAUCGGCAAUAUUUAGCCAUUGAUAAUUUAUCAACCGAAUUAACGAUUGAACUUAUUCUAACAUGUAUAAAGAGUGAAAAUCUUCCUGCAGAUCUACGUGCAGCAUUUUGUGCUUUAAUGAUUCAUAUUCAUGUGAAUCGUGAUCCACAAGAAGAAGUAACACGCAUCAAAUAUGCACGAUUAUGGAAUCAAGUUAAACCAACUAUAUCUUUAUAUGAGUAUGAUCAAACAAUAAAUGGGUCACUUGAGCCAACCGAUAAAAAUGAAAACAAACUAAAAUUUGAAUCAACGAUGAAAUUUGUUGAAGAUUAUCUUAAUACAGUUGUUGAACAACCGAAUUCAUUUGCUGAUAGAGAACAAAAUAAAUUAACACAUGAAGUUGUUAAUUUAGCUCGUCGUUUAAUAUUUUUUGGUUUUUAUAGUUUUGAAGAUUUACUUAAAUUAACCAAAACACUUCUUGGAAUAUUAGAUACUAGUAAAAUUUCACCGAAGCAAAGAACUAGUCCACAUUUAGAACGAGUUCCAUCAAUUGCUCUAGCAAAUUCAAAAUCGCCAAAAUAUGAAACUGUCAUCACCCCAAAUUUAUAUUCUGCAGCAGAUGCAACCAAAGAACAGCAAGCCGAUACACUCGAUGAUUUAGCCUAUGAAACAAAAAUGAAUAUUAUUGCAAUACUUGAAUUUAUUCUUGACAUUCGUCUUGAUUUUCGUAUAUCUCGUCUUAUUUCGAUUUUUAAAUCGAAAUUUGGCUCACUCGAACCGUUGACAAAUUUAAUUCAAAUAUUCGAUAUUGAAUGCAUUUUUGAUUCGAAUGAGCCAAAUCUUGAUUUAGAUGAUACAAAAGGAAAAACAUUUCUCAAUGUUUUGCUCAAUCUUGUUAUGCACGAUUAUCAACCAUUAGUAUCACGUGCUUUAUCAUUGAUUUUUCGUCAUUUUAAUCAACGUAACGAAACACUACGACAUUUAAAUCAAGUUCAAUUGCUUGUUAGUGAAACUGAUAUUAAAAAUUACAAACAAAUUAAAAUAGAUUUGGAUCAAUUACGAUUAUUUGUUGAAAAGUCUGAAUUGUGGGUUUAUAAAAAAGGAAAAGAUGGAACGUUAACCAAUGCAAAUGAAACUGAGGCUAAUGCCGACCAUGAAGAUAGAAAAGAUGAAGAAUUAGAAAUGAAGAAAUUGGCAACUUCAUCUGGUUUUGCUGAUACAGAAUGGGAUAGUGGUGGUCCAAUUAUCAGCGAAGAAUCAUCAUAUCGAUAUACAUCCAUCUUUCAGAUUCUUCAUCGAAUGAUGAAAUUAUGCGUUGUUGAGACGAGUGGCGGUAAUUUAUAUGCACGUGAAAAUGAACAACGUUUAUUAAGAAAUAUGGGUGUACAUGUUGUUGUACUUGAUCUAUUGAAAAUUCCAUAUGAUAAAAUGGAAGAUACUCGAAUGAAUCAUAUAAUGAAAUUAGCUCAUAAUCUUCUGCAAUAUUUUUGUUAUGAAAAUCCAACCAACCAAGAGAAACUAUAUGAUUUAUAUUUUAAUGAUUAUCAGCAAUUAUCCGAGGAACAAGAAGUAGAAACAUGUUGUUAUAUAUUUCUAAAUAAUAUUCAAUUAUGUAAAACAAUGACCGAAAAACGUAUUCAACACUUUGUUCAUUUAAUUGAAUUACACGGAAGAAAAGUGAUAUAUAUUAAAUUUCUUCAAACAAUUGUUAAAGCAGAAAAUCAAUAUAUAAAAAAUUGUCAAGAUAUAAUUAUGUCUGAAUUGGUUACUUCUGAUGAAGUAUUAAUUUUCUAUGAGAAAGGAAAUUUAACUAAUCUGUUCGAACGUAUGAAAUCAGACACUGAACGAACAGAUCCAAAUUCAUUAUUAAAUUAUCACAUUCAACUUGUUCAUCUGUUGGCAAUGUGUACUGAAGGAAAAAAUGCAUCGACAGAAAUCAAAUGUCAUUCAUUAAUUGGCCUUGAUGAUCUUGUUAUAAUAGUAACACAUCCAGAAUGUAUACCUGAAGUCAAAGAUGCUUAUGUUACAUUCUUAAAUCAUUGUUACAUUGAUACAGAAGUCGAAAUGAAAGAAAUUUACAAUAGUCAACAUAUUUAUGCAUUAAUUGAACAGUCAUUUUGUCCAGAUAUUGAAAAACUGAUCGCCAAGGCAACCGACGAACCCAAUCUAGAAAAAUACAUCUUAAAUACAGUCAUCGAUUUAUUAACUCAAUUUUUCAAUUCUCCUUUCUUCGAACAAGCAUCAGCGCCGCAACAUCGCAAUACAACUCUGAUAUCACUACAUAGUCAUUUAAUAAAAUUAUUUACUGCAUCAUGGUUAACAGCUACACAACGAGAACGUGUUGAUCGAUGUAUUCAUAUAAUAUCAUUAAUUGCUGAUCGGCGUGGUCUCAUUCAUUUCCUACGCUCAAAUCAUAGUUCAAUGAGUGAAUCAAUGCUACCGUCACAUCGUACAAGUCGUAGUGCUACAUUAGAACCGCGACAUAGUGAUACCUAUUCAAUCGACGGAUAUGACCACUCAGAAGAUAUUGAACAUAAACGUGUUAUUGAUGGUUUUGUGGCAUUUCUUUCUCAGACUAGUGCCAGAUUAACUCCAUUGAUACUAGCAGAAAUUAGUAUACUCGUGGACGUUAUUCGAGCACCCGCUGCUCUUUUUCCUGAGAAAAAUGAAUGUCGAUUAAAAUUUCUCCACGGAGCGUUUGUUCACAAAUUAAUACAACAUGCUAAAUAUUUACUUACACAAACAGAUGAAAAUCUGUGCUUACGUAUUAUGCAUUCACUUAAAUCAAUGGUUAAAAGCAAUACUGAAUUUGAAACAAUAGGACAAAGUUUACGAUUAAAAUUACUCCGACGUUACUUUUCUGAUGAUACACAAUAUUUAAAAUCGAUUCAUCAAGCCGUAAAAGACGAAGAUGCUAUUGAACGAUUGCGAUUAACACAAAAUGAAUUAAAUAAACAAGGUGCUAGUGAUCUUGUAGUUGAAUUGUUUAUAAGUCACUCGUCAAUAAAUAUUCUCGAAGAAAGUAUUCAUUUAGCUAUUGCCUUAUUGGAAGGUGGAAAUACCGAAGUUCAAAAAAGUAUUUUUCGUCGUUUAAAUGAAUGUGAAAUAGCAUCUGAAAAGUUCUUUCAAGUUUUUUAUGAUAAAAUGUAUACAGCUCAAAAAAUAUUGAAAAGUAUGUCAUCAAUUACAAAUGAUACGCAUAUAGAAAAUGAUGAUUAUGACGAUGGAGUAUUCACAUCGAGACUGGAUCUUAUUUCGCCAAACAUCAGUUCAACUACGAACGAUAACAGAUCGUCAGCUAUUCCAACAACUGAGGAGAAGACUACACUUAACUCAUCAGCGAAUAGUUCAUUAAAACUACAACAGAAUGUUCAUAGUAAUAUUAAUGAAAUGGAACCACUUCAAGCACUAGAAGCUAGAACGACUACUCACCAAACACCAUCUCAAUCGGAACCAAAACGAAAUUCAAUACAUGAAAUAAUGGAUGUUCUUGAUUUUCAGUCUCAACAUCGUCGUCCUAAACUUGUAUUUGAACUUCGUAUAAUGCAACCAAUAUUACGUUUUUUACAAUUACUUUGUGAAAAUCAUAAUCCUGAAUUUCAGAAUUACCUUCGAUUACAAACUAAACAUAAGACAAAUUACAAUCUUGUUUGUGAAACAUUAAAAUUUCUCGAUUCUAUUUGUGGUUCACAAACAGGUUUACUUGGUUUAUUAGGAAAUUACAUUAACGAAGAUAAUGUUGAUUUAAUUAAUCAAGCAUUAAUUACACUAACUGAAUAUUGUCAAGGACCAUGUCGUGAUAAUCAAGAUUCCAUUGUCAAUCACGAAUCAAAUGGCAUUGAUAUUAUUAUUGCUAUUGUUUUAAAUGAUAUAACACCAUUGAAUCAAAAGAAUUACGAUCUUGUACUUGAAUUAAAAGACAAUGCAUCAAAAUUACUUUUAGCUGUAAUGGAAAGUCGUGAUGAUAGUACAAAUGCAGAACGUAUUCUUCGAAAUAUUACGCCUGUUUCACAAUUACUGGACGUUGGCUGUCAAAUUUAUGCGCGUGGUAAAGAACAAGAUACAGAACCUAAAGAAGAUACAAACGAUGAAAUAAUACAUGAUGAAGAAUCAAAUGAUGACACUAGUAAUGUUGCUAAAACUGUCGGUCAUAAUAUGUAUAUUCUUACAUAUCAACUUGCUCGUCACAAUCGUGAACUUGAAAUGUUAAUGAAACAACGAACAUUAGACGAUGAAGCUUUGUCUUAUUAUCAUAAACAUACAGCUGAAAUUGAAAUUAUUCGACAAGAUCGAUCUAUAGAACCAAUUGUAUUUCCUGUUCCACAAUUAUGCGAAUUUUUAACCAAUGAAAAAAAACAAAAAGUAUUUUUAACAUGUGAACAAGAUGAACAAGGUUCUAAAGUGAAAGAUUUCUUUGAGAAAUUUUCUGAAAUAUUCGAAGAAAUGAAAUGGCAAAGAAAACUCAGACAUCAACCAACAUUAUAUUGGUUUUCAUCACAAAUGUCAUUAUGGAGUGAUAUAUCAUUUAAUUUCGCUGUUUUAAUUAAUAUUCUUGUUGCUGUAUUUUAUCCAUUUAAUAAAGGACUUAAAGAUCUUGAUUCUCGAAGUUCAGCAGCUAUUUGGAGUGGACUAUUAAUGACUUUGAUUACUAUUUUAAUCAAACCAAAUGCCACAUCAAUGCGCAUGCUUUUUGUUGCGGGUAUUUUAAGAUCAAUUUAUUCAGUCGGUCUUGGGCCCACUUUGUGGUUAAUGGGAGCCAUACAAGUACUAAAUAAAGGAAUAUUUUUAGUUAGUUUUAUGGGCAAUAAUGGAACAUUCUCAAAAUCCCGUUAUGAAAAUUUAACUAAUUUUCAACUUGUUUAUCAUGUUGGAUAUUUACUACUUUGUGUUCUUGGAUUAUGUCUACAUGAAUUUUUCUAUAGUUUAUUACUGCUUGAUGUUGUCUAUCGUGAAGAUACAUUGUGGAAUGUAAUUCAAUGUGUUGUACGCAAUGCUAAAUCUGUUAUAUUAACAGCAGUAUUUGCUGUGAUUAUUAUUUAUCUAUUUGCUAUAUGUGGUUAUCUAUUUAUCCAAGAUGAUUUUCUAAUGGAAGUUAAUAUAAAAGCAAUGUCAAUCGAUAAUCAAAUAUUGAAUGUCACAUCGAAUAAUAAGACUAAUUUAUUAACUACAAUCAUUCCAGCUGCUAAUGACAAUGAAUACUGUACAAAAGACAAUUGUACGAAUGAUAAAACAACUGGUCAUAUGAGUCCUGUUAGUCAAACAUCGAAUGUUCUGUCAGAAGAAGAUGCCGACAAUGAACUACUUGAACGUGCUUGCGAUACAUUAUUUAUGUGUAUUGUAACAACGCUAAAUAAAGGAUUAAGAAAUGGCGGUGGUAUUGGCGAUGUUUUAAGACAACCUUCAAGUCGAGAACCAUUGUAUUUCUUUCGUGUUAUCUAUGAUAUGAUGUUCUUCUUCAUUGUCAUAAUUAUAACUUUAAAUUUAAUUUUUGGUGUUAUUAUUGAUAAUUUUGCUGAUUUACGUACAGAAAAACAAAGAAAUGAUGAAAUACUUCGUAAUACAUGUUUUAUUUGUGCACUCGAUCGGAAAUCAUUUGAUAAUAAACACGUAACAUUUGAAGAUCAUAUACGUAAAGUUCAUAAUAUGUGGAAUUAUGUAUACUUUAUGGUUUUAAUUCAUGUGAAAGAUCCAACCGAAUAUACGGGUCCCGAAAGUUAUGUUCAUGAAAUGAUUGAACAAAGAAAUCUUGAUUGGUUUCCACGAAUGCGAACCAGUAGUCUAGAUACUCAGGAAGAUAAAAACAAAGAAGAUCAAGAUAAUCGUAUCUUAAAAAUUCAAAUGGAGAACGCUAAUGAUGCAAUAAAGACAUUAACAAUGGAAUUAAAUGAAUUGCAAAAACUAGUAACAGAAUCUCGAACACAAAAGCAUCGGAUGAAUUUUCUACCCAAUGCGCCAUUACCAACAUCAUAA